AUGCCGACAAUUGCGCAGCCGUCGUUCUGGAAGUCUCUGGUCCCAAAACCGCUGAGGUCGAGCUCUGCGAAGGAUGGAAAGCCGAAGUCGAGGGAAUGGAACCCAGCAACUUUCUUCAUCGCCAUCUUCCUCCUCAUCGGAUCCAUGUCUAUACAGAUGAUCUCUCUGAAGAAAGACUUUGCGGCUUUCACAAGGCAGAGUGACGUCAGGAUUGGACUCCUGCGCGAGGUGGUAGAGAAGCUCCAGAGGGGAGAGGAGGUGGAUGUAGAGAAGGUAUUGGGGACAGGAGAUGCGGAAAAAGAGAUUGAGUGGCAGGAAGUGCUCAACGAGAUCGAAAAGGAGGAGAUGACACGGGAUCGGAAGAAGAAACAAGCUGAGCCUACGCCAAAUUCCAAGCGUGAGGAGGAGCAGUUGAAGAAAGCGGAACCAACAAAUGGGACAGCUCAGACGAGCUCGCCUAGUCGGGCAAGCUUUUUCUAG